AGGGUUUAUGGCUGGCCGACUCGGCUGACGCACCUCUGCCAAGGGGACGAACUGGGACUGAGAGCGGAGCGGAGUCCUGCCCGGGCUGCGCCGGAAGCACCGAAGGCUAAGCAACGCGAGCUGGCCGCCAUUGGUCCCGCCUCCUGUGACGUCCCAUGGCGGAGGCCUCAGGGAUUCUCCCGACUGCUUGGGGAGACAGAAUGGACCAAGAGGGCAAACCGCUGUGACCCCAAUUGGCACUGUCAUGUCUGAAGCCACCCUUCUUUUCGCUUUUUACAAUGUCUCAAUCGUUUAUUGCCUAAUCUCCCUUCUACGUAAAGUAAGCCCAAAUAACACUCUGUAAUCCCCUCUCCUCGGACAUAGAGCAUCAAGUAUUGUUCCCUGGAAAGAUACUUUAAACCGACCAGCUUACUUGUGGGAAAUAAUAAGAGAAAGUAGUAGCGACAGUCCAGUGACUGCUACACUACUCCCCAGAUCAGCCUGAUGUGCUACUAGAACGCUUGUUUCUGGGAUGAGGAAAAUGAGAAAGGAUAAUUGGAGAUCACAGACUGGCAGUGGCGGAGAACCAAGCGAACUGCCUCAGCGCUUACUAAUAACUACAAUGAAGUAACGGUUUCUACUUUAACAAAACAUUUUGCUUCCACCUGGACAUUUGUACCCUGUUGAUUGACAUCAAGGGAGAGAAGUAGCGAGAAGUGGUAUCUGAAGCAGCAAGUUUAAUGCCUGGAAAUGUGCUCCCAAGUCCUUGCUCCACUACUUGUCCUUGUGGCUUUCUGGACUCAGCACUCAAGCUGACACUUCAGACUCUUCAUCUGCAGAAAAUUGCGACAGAUCACCGGGUAGACAUGAUGAAUAUCAAGGCCUUCACCUUGGUCUCUGCAGUGGAACGGGAACUGCUGAUGGGUGACAGAGACCACAGCAGCAUUGAGUGUGUGGAGUGUUGUGGCAGGAAUCUUUAUGUCGGCACCAAUGACUGCUUCAUUUACCACUUCCUGCUGGAGGAAAAGGCCAUGCCUACAGGGACAGCUACAUUCGUUGCCACCAAACAGCUACACAGACACCUGGGCUUCAAGAAACCUGUGAACGAGCUGUGUGCGGCCUCAGCUCUCAAUAGGCUGCUGGUGCUCUGUGACAACUCUAUAACCCUGGUUAACAUGCUGAACCUGGAGCCAGUCCCCUCAGGAGCCCGCAUCAAAGGGGCUACAACAUUUGCAGUGAACGAGAACCCUGUGAAUGGGGACCCUUUCUGCGUGGAGGUGUGCAUCAUUUCCGUGAAGCGCAGGACUGUCCAAAUGUUUCUGGUGUACGAGGACCGAGUGCAGAUUGUCAAGGAAGUGUCCACCCCAGAGCAGCCUCUUGCUGUGGCUGUGGAUGGCUACUUCUUGUGCCUGGCCUUGACCACACAAUACAUCAUCCUGAACUACAGCACAGGCUUUUCCCAGGACCUGUUUCCCUACUGCAGUGAGGAGAAGCCACCCAUCGUCAAGAGGAUAGGCAGACAGGAGUUCCUGCUGGCUGGCCCAGGAGGCUUGGGCAUGUUUGCCACCGUGGCCGGGAUUUCCCAGCGUGCCCCUGUGCACUGGUCAGAAAAUGUGAUUGGGGCAGCUGUUUGCUUCCCCUAUGUCCUAGCGCUCGAUGACGAAUUCAUCACAGUUCACAGCAUGUUGGAUCAGCAGCAGAAACAGACCCUGCCCUUUAAGGAGGGUCACAUCCUGCAGGACUUUGAAGGAAGAGUAAUUGUUGCCACAAGUAAAGGAGUUUACAUCUUGGUUCCAUUACCUCUGGAAAAACAAAUACAGGAUCUGUUAGCAAACCGGAGAGUGGAGGAGGCUUUGGUCCUGGCAAAAGGAGCCCGGAGGAACAUUCCAAAGGAGAAAUUUCAGGUAAUGUACAGGAGGAUUCUGCAGCAGGCAGGCUUUAUACAGUUUGCACAACUCCAGUUCCUGGAAGCCAAAGAGCUCUUCAGAAGCAGCCAGCUGGAUGUCCGGGAGCUGAUCUCUCUCUACCCCUUCCUGUUGCCCACCUCCUCCUCCUUCACCCGGUCUCACCCUCCUCUUCAUGAGUAUGCAGACCUGAACCAGCUGACCCAAGGCGACCAGGAGAAGAUGGCCAAGUGCAAGCGCUUCCUCAUGAGCUACCUGAAUGAAAUCCGCAGCACAGAGGUAGCAAAUGGCUACAAGGAAGACAUCGACACGGCCCUGCUCAAGCUGUAUGCAGAGGCUGAUCACGACAGCCUCCUGGACCUCUUGGUCACUGAGAAUUUCUGCUUGCUGACAGACAGUGCUGCCUGGCUGGAGAAGCACAAAAAGUACUUUGCACUGGGGCUGCUCUAUCAUUACAACAAACAAGAUGCCUCUGCAGUUCAGUUGUGGGUGAACAUUGUGAAUGGGGACAUCCAGGACUCCACACGCUCAGACCUGUAUGAGUACAUCGUCGAUUUUCUUACCUACUGCCUAGACCAAGAGCUGGUGUGGACCCAUGCUGACUGGCUGUUGCAGAAAAGUGAGGAGAUUGGAGUUCAAAUUUUCACCAAGAGACCUUUGGACGAGCAGCAGCAGACUAGUUUUAAUCCAGACGACAUUAUUAGUUGCCUUAAGAAAUACCCUAAAGCCCUGGUUAAGUAUCUGGAAUAUCUCGUUAUCGACAGGAGAUUGCAGAAAGAAGAGUACCACACCCACCUUGCCAUCCUCUACCUGGAGGAAGUGCUUCGGCAGAGGGUACCCACUGGAGGCAAGGAUGUAGCAGCCACUGAGACACAAGCCAAACUCCGGAGGCUGCUCCAGAAGUCUGACUUGUACCGUGUCCACUUGUUGAAAGAGAAAGUCCAGGGUGCUGGCCUGCCCAUGGAAAGCGCCAUCCUCCACGGGAAGCUGGGUGAGCAUGAGAGGGCCCUGCACAUCCUGGUGCACGAGAUGGGGGACUUCUCUGCAGCUGAGGACUACUGCCUGUGGAGCUCCGAGGGUCAAGAUGCAGCCUGCCGCCAGCGCCUCUUCCACAUGUUGCUCGCCAUGUACCUCCGUGCAGGCCCCUCUGCCCAAGAUCUGACAGUGGCUGCUGUGGACUUGCUGAACCAUCACGCCAGGGAAUUUGAUGCCACCCAGGUCCUACAGCUUCUGCCCGACACCUGGUCGGUGCAGCUUCUCUGCCCAUUCCUCAUGGGGGCUAUGAGGGACAGCAUCCAUGCCAGGAGAACCACACAGGUGGCCCUUGGCCUGGCCAAAUCAGAAAACCUGAUUUACAUGUAUGAUAAGAUGAAACUGAAGGGAAGUGCAGUCCGGCUCUCAGAGCAAGAGCUUUGCCAGCUCUGCCAGAACCCUUUCGGUGAACCUGUGUUUGUCAGAUACCCAAAUGGAGGGCUUGUGCACACCCACUGUGCCGCCAGCAGACACACCACCCCCAGCUCGCCCAGCCCUGGCACGCGGACUUGAAAAGUGUGGUUUCAGGCCACCAAGGGGGAUUCAGAGUUCUUUUCCAAACCUGUUUUUUGUGUGACCCAGAACAAAGGGGAGGCAUCUGGGCUCCAGGAAGAUGCUGUCCCUGGGAAACAAGGGCACUGCGCUGCUGAUUGUUCUCUGUGUGAAUGGAAAUGGAAAAGGCCUGAACACCCUCCCUCCCCACCCAGGACAGUGACAGGCCAGAGUCUGCCUGUCCAGGAGGUUACAGUCAUCCAAAGCACAAGCCAACCUAGAAAAGCAGGCAGCUUAGCU